AUGCGGCGAGAGCCGGCGAACACACCGGCGAACAUUAACACCAUCGCGUACCUAUGCAAUGCAUAUGCUGACCGUGCAACAAACAUUGCCGACAAAUUAAAUGGCCGUCUAUUUACGGACAUGUACAAUGUUAUAAAGCUGAAGAGAUUUUGUGUCGACGGGCUAACAUCCAUAUUUAUAAUUAGUCUGAUUUCAGGCCCGAGGCCCAGUUCGGAGCCAGACAGUAAAUUAGAGACGUGGCCAAAUCCAGAACGGCGACGCGAGGGUCGGAAUAAUUACAAAUCGGCAGAGGGACCCGCCAUUAUUCAUUCGCCAGAAAGUCAACAUUUUCCAUUAAAACCGCUUUAA